AAGAAUUCCUUCGUUGCUAUCAGAAAUGGAUCAGCUGGGAACGCCAUAAGGAACUGGUCCAAGGAGACCUCUUUCUGCACUUGGACUGGCAUCACUUGUGGAAUGGAGCUUCCACACAGAGUAACAGCCAUCAAUCUUCGAAAUAUGGGGUUUGAGGGAACCAUUGCUAAGGAAAUCGGGAACCUCACAUUUCUGAGAUUCGUGGAUAUGAGCAACAACAGCAUCAGCGGCCCGAUUCCUGCUGAAGUUGGGAACUUGAGACAGCUUCGUGUACUGAACAUGGAGUCCAAUCAGCUCACUGAAGGCAUUCCCCAGAGCCUUGGACUGCUGAGGAAGCUGCAGGGGUUGAACCUUUCAAAUAACAACUUGAUCGGAGUAACUCCGAUUAGUUUAUCAGGUUGCGUUGAACUGAGGAAGUUGGAUUUGUCUCAUAACAAUCUCAGUGGAUAUGUUCCUGCAGGAUUUUGGAACUGGUCACAACUUGAGGAGCUCUCUUUGAGUAGGAAUUAUUUGACAGGUACAGUUCCAGCAUCGAUUGGCAAUUUGUCGAAUUUGGAGGUAUUCGAUAUCAGCAGGAACAGUUUUUAUGGGACGGUUGUUUCAGAACUGGGACAACUGUCCAGCUUGAGAAUAUUGAAUCUUCAAGCUAACAAUCUAAGUGAUGAAGUACCUCAAGCUAUCUUCAAUAUCUCCAUGUUAAGAUUCCUUUCCCUUAGAGAAAACAACCUGUCUGGCAGUCUUCCAUUUUCUAUUGACAAAGGCCUUCCAAACAUUGAACAUAUUCUUAUAGGCAAUAUUGAACGGAGGUUCAAUCUUCGAGCUAAUCAGUUCUAUGGAAAAAUUCCAAAUUCAGUCUCAAAUCUUUCCAAACUCAUCACACUCGAUCUCUCUGAUAACUCGUUCACUCAUAUACCAAUAGAUCUUGGUAGUUUACAUCAACUUCAGAAGCUGAACUUGCAAGCAAAUCAGUUGAUGAAUAACUUGUCUGACCCCGGACAAGACUUCUUAUCUUCCUUGGUAGCUUGUAAGAAUCUCAAGUCUAUACAGAUCUCGUUUAAUCCUAUUACUGGUGUUCUUCCAAAAUCCUUAGGCUCGAGUAAUCUGUCUACCUCCCUUGAAACCUUGAAGGCUUUCUCUUGCAGAUUGUCAUAUCCAAUCCCUGAUGAGAUAGGGAACUUAAGCAACUUGUGGUGGUUAGACCUUGGGUAUAAUCACUUAACUGGAGCUAUUCCCUCAACACUAGGACAAUUAAGAAGCUUGAGGAAUUUGAGAAUCUGUGGCAAUAGGUUUCACGGAUCCAUCUCCCCUGUCUUGUGCAAUUUCAAACAUCUCUACUCAUUAAAUGUAGCCAUAAACAGUCUAUCUGGACAGCUACCAAGCUGUUUUGUUAACCUUUCUUCGUUGAGAGAAGUCUAUAUGUCAGAUAAUGAAUUCAAUGGUAGCAUUGCUUCAAUUCCAUGGUUUCUUAAGAAUGUUAGCAAUGUGAAAAACCUGGUAGCAUUGGAUCUGUCUAGAAAUCAGCUUUCUGGAGAAAUUCCAAACACCAUUUCACAGCUUGAGAAUCUAGUUAGACUAUCAUUGUCAAGUAACAAACUGAAAGGCCCCAUACUUGAAUCGCUUACGGUUUUGAAGGAUCUGCAAUACUUGGAUUUGUCCCACAACAAUCUCUCUGGUUUGAUUCCUAAGUCUUUGGAGGCACUUUCGCAUCUUCAUUACUUUGAUGUCUCGUUUAAUGAGCUUAGCGGUGAAAUUCCAGACAGAGGGUGUUUUGUCAACUUCACAUCGGAUUUUUUCAUUGGUAAUAAUGGUUUGUGUGGAUCACCUCGAUUUGAAGUGAAGAAAUGCCAAUCCUUAAGUACGAGAAAAAGUUUAUCAUAUUUAUCAUUUUUUAUAGUCCUUGUUAUUGGCCUUAUUUUUGUCCUGAUGUGGAAAUUUUCUGCAAGAAAGCCAUCUCCUUUGUCUGAUGAAGUUGGACAGGAUAUGUUUAGGGGGAUUUCACACCAAGCAAUCGUUUGUGCCACAGACAACUUUGAUGAUAGAAACUUGAUUGGUAAGGGUGGCAUUGGCUCAGUGUACAUGGGAAGAUUUUCUGAUAAAAAUGUUUACGCUAUUAAAGUUUAUGAUUUAGAUGUACAAGAUGCAUUGAGGAGCUUCCACACAGAGUGCAGAAUAUUUGGCAAAGUACGCCACAGAAAUAUUGUCAAGAUUAUCGGUUGUUGUUCCCAGAUUGAUUUUAUGGCCUUGGUGAUGGAAUACAUGCCCAACGGCGACCUAGAACACUGGCUCUACUCAUCCAGCUGUUCCUUAGGCUUAUUUACAAGAUUGAGAAUAAUGACAGAAGUAGCAUGUGCGAUACAGUAUUUACAUGAAUGCUCUACAGUCCCCAUUGUCCAUUGUGACUUAAACCCGAAAAACAUCUUUCUUGGAGAAGAUUUGGUCGUACAUGUAGGUGACUUUGGGAUUUCCAAGUUCUUGAGUGAAGAAGAGAGAAUGCUACGUUCGAGGACCUUGGGUACUGUUGGAUAUGUUGCACCAGAGUAUGGAUCACAAGGAUUAAUCACGACCACAGUGGACAUUUAUAGCUACGGGGUUUUGCUGAUGGAAAUGCUUUCAAGAAGAAAGCCGACAGAUGAGAUGUUUUCAGGAGAGUUAUCCUUGAGGAGAUGGAUCUCUGAAGCAUUCCCUAAUUCAGUAUUGCAAAUUUUGGAUAAUGAGAUGCUGGACAAAGUCGAUGAAGAAGCUAGAGUUGUCUUCAGACCUUUCUUGACAUCAGCUAUUGAAUUGGCGCUAGAAUGCACAGCAGAUUUGCCCGAGGAGAGGCCUAGUAUCACAUAUGUUCUAAACAGGAUAACAGAUGUUCUAAGCAGUAUGAGAAAGAUCCUGAUCCAGUUUAAAAACCUAGGAAUGUCUAUCUCUCUUAUUGAUUCUGAUCAAGCAGGACCUUCAUCCAGGUCUGAUAGAACUCCAAAGUUGUGGCUGCAAAUUGAGGAAAAUGAUACGCAGUUGGCAGCAGUAUUUUCUUCAACUUACAGGCACAUGCCUCCAGAUAUGAGGAAGUGUUUCUUGUAUAUGGCAAGCUUCCCUGAAGAUUAUGAGAUCCAUGUUUCGGAACUCAUCAAACUUUGGGUAGCUAAAGGCUUUUUGGAAUGUCAAAAUGAACAUAAAAGCUUAGAAGACAAGGGGAAAUAUGUUUUGAAGCUGCUAGUCCAGAAAGGUCUAGUUUCAGUCAUUAGGAGUGAUGACAAAAUCAUAAGUUGCAGGCUCCAUAGAGUAGUGUGGAACUUUUGCCAAAGACAGGCUAAGGAAGAUAAGUUCUUUCUUCCUGUUGUGGAUUAGUUACCUUGCCUAGUCCCUUCUUGAUAAGGCAUUUUCUUCCAUAAUUACAUACCAUGUAUUUUCUUCCACAACAGAAUGGAUCCAUUAUCCACCUUUUUUGCUUGUGUUCCCAUUACUAGAUAUGCUAUCAAAGUUUUUCUGAAAUUAUAUUCGCUGAUAGUACUGAAUUUUGUAA